AUGGGCAAGAGGCGCCUGUCUUCGAUUGUCACCACCGUCGUCCGCUCACGCAAGCUCCACCAUUCGAACGGAGCUCGCGUGUCUCUCUCUCCCACCACACUAGAUCCGAACCCAGAUUGCGACACAAUCCAAGGCGUCCAUCAGGACGUCCCAACCAUGGCCACCGGCACUGCAGGCCGCUCUCUUGACGGCCUGGUCAAGGGUGCCGCCAUCCCCACCGAAUCCUUCUGGUCGGCCGAUCUUCCCCUCUGGCGCUCCAGCGAGGCACAGCACUCCGAGGCUGGGCCUUCCCGCUCCUCGUCCAUCCAUUGCAGGCGCGGCACUUGCACCCCUACCACGCUCACACCACCAUCACCCACCGCAAACAAGCUGCUCUCACCACCCUUCGACGUAGUUUCGACACGCCUUGCACCUUCCAACGAAGCGACUCCUCCGACCACUUCCCGCUCAGCUCAGCACUUGGAUGGCCAGACUGCCGCCGACUUGGAACGUACCGGCGCAUCUUUGCUUUCCGGCCUCCAGAUGGCAGGCUUUUCUGCCAGCCCAGAGCAGGUCGCAACAUCAUCCUCGGCCCGAUCUCAUCCGUCACACGCUUCUACAAUCCCUAGUUCUCUCUCUCUCAAUCGGUCCACGGCGAUACCAGCUCUGUGGAGCACUCCUUCCUCGCUGCAAUCCGACCCCGUCGCGGCCUCACAUCCUUCCCGCCCGGCUAGGCCUACGCUCGCACGUCUCAACACGUCAGAGAUGCUGCGCACCCAGAACGCAUCAUCGGCUGCGAGCGGUGCAGUGCCAUCCACACCCGCCAUCGUCCGCAAGUCGCCGUCGUCUUUAAAGCUCCAGCUCGACACCUCCGUACCGCGUAGGUCGGCUACGCUCAGCAGCUAUCCACACGCGGCCAAACCUCGGUUCGCGAUACCUACGAUGGAGGUCCCUCGCUCGCAUCGUUCGGGCAAUUCUCACGGUCUCGACGCGCUGAUAUCAGGCACGUCGGACGCACCCGACCAGCCGCUAAACAGCAAUCGAGACGCAGCCUCGACCCUCCAAUCGCAUCAGCCUCAAAGCGAAGUUAUUGGUGAGGAUUUUGGCUUUGAAAUGUCGACCAUCCUGCCCGAUUUCCUCUAUCUCGGAUCCAACGUACAAUCCGAGAACGAUGUGGCCGAGCUGCAGGCGAAAGGUGUCCAUCGCAUCCUCAACGUGGCGUGCGAGAUCGACGAAAGUGGGCCUCUGCAACUCCGGCAGCGAUUCAGGCGCUACCUCAAGCUCCCCAUGCUGGACAGCGUCGAGGCGCAAGGAGUACAGGACAACAUCAAGCAAGCUUGUGACUUCCUCGACGACGCCCGCUUGCGAUCGGAGCCGGUGUACGUGCAUUGCAGGGCAGGCAAGUCACGUUCAGUGACCAUCGUGAUUGCGUAUCUCAUCCAUGCAUUGCGGUGGCCGCUUGCACGAUCCUACUCAUACGUGGUCGAGCGACGAGCAGCCAGCUCACCCAACAUCGGCUUCGUCGCAGAAUUGAUGAAGUUUGAACAAGCCGAGCUCAAGCUAGCCCGGUCUACAGGCAUCUAUGGCGAUGCGCCCGGAUCUUCUCCAUCUCAAGCUUUCCCUGCGGCAUCAGCCGGCUUGCCAGGACCAGCGAGCGUAGGUUCGCAACACGCACAAGCACGUCCGCAUCAAUCCACGCCUAUGCUGGCUCCGCACGGGACGGAUACGCCUCGGACGCGCACGUCCCACGACCUCACCGCCCCAGAAUCCGAUCAUAUUCGUGGCGGAACAAUGUCGCAGUCCUCCCCGGACCUCCCUUCUCUCGCUUUCGGCAGCCAUUGA